UCAUAUAUAGGAUAUAUACCCCGCGCGCGCUGAAAUUGAAGAGGCCGGGCGGCAGAUACGGGAGAAGGCUCCAAUGGCGAGUCGUCGUCCUAGCUGGGCGUUGGCGCUCGUCGCGCUGUGCUUGUCGUUCGAGCUAGCGCUGCAGGAGAAGGGCAAGGGUAAGAAGGAGGAUGACAACAACGGCGGCGGCGGCGGCGGCGGGGAGACCCUCGUGCCGGCCAUCUUCGUGUUCGGGGACUCCACGGUGGAUGUCGGCAACAACAACUUCCUGCCCAGGUGCAACGACAUAUGCAGGGCCAAUUACCCGCGCUAUGGCGUCGACUACCCCUCGCAGAAUGCCACCGGCCGGUUCAGCAAUGGCUACAACCUGGCGGAUUACGUAGCUAAACUUCUUGGUUUCCCGGAGAGUCCACCAGCUUUGAAAUCCUUGUCGGAGGAGGGCAUUAUUGAACAGAUGAAAAAAGGCAUCAACUAUGCAUCAGGAGGAUCAGGGCUGCGGAAUCAUACGGGGCACGACCUGUGUGGGCAAGUAUGUACCAUGGCCGACCAACUCGAGAUGUUCACUUCAAACGUCCAAAAGAUGGGGAAGGAGGACUCGUCCGAACUCAUCUCCAGGUCACUAUUCUUCAUCAGCGUUGGCAGCAAUGACUUGUUCGAGUACGCGAAUGAUUCCAAACCACGCCAUAACCGCAACGACACUGAGUUCUUGAAAGGCCUUGUCGACCUUUACAAAAGCUACCUGCAGGAGUUGUACGAAGUCGGGGCGAGAAAGUUCAGCGUGGUGAGCCCUUCGCUGGUGGGGUGUUGCCCGAUACAGAGGGUGCUCGGGAAUCAGAGGAAUGAUACCGACGGGUUAGGCUGCUUCGGCACGGCAAAUAACCUCUCCAGGCAGCUGUACCCUAUGAUGCUGUCGAUGCUCCAGAACAUUGAUCUCCAAGGCAUGAACUACUCCAUCGCCGAUUCGGUCGGGAUGACCGAACUCGUCUUCGAAGGCGUCAUCCCGCCUGGCAUGAACCUGACGGUGGUGGACACGGCAUGCUGUGGCGGUUCAGGGCCGUUGCAAGUGGACAAGUGCAACUCCACGGCUACGCUCUGUCCGAACCGCGACAACUACCUGUUUUGGGACGGCUUCCACGCGACGGACGUUGCGUCGUCCGGCGCGGCCAAGAUGCUCUGCAGCGACGAGGGCUCGUUUGUUCACCCGAUAAACAUUACGAAGCUGGCGACGCUGUAGCCGUGAAGACAUAAAAAAACCCUGACCACGUGGUACUACGUUUACAUGCUUUGGUUGUCGACAUCCUUUCUUAUCAAUAACUCCGGAAUAAGUAGUAGGUUGAGACUACAGGUGUGACAUUUGGGAGAUGUGGUUAUAGAGGCAGGAUUGUCACGUACGUCUGACGAAUUUCGUGUAUGGGCGUGCUUCUCGUCCGAGAUCGUUGUGUUGUACUACGUACGAUUUAUUUUACCAUCGCGUGUUGCUUGUCCCAAAACAGACUUUCAAGCAUGUUACGAUUGUACGAA